CUGCAGCCACACUAUUCCCCAGACCUGUUAUCAACAUUUGGAAUUUGCCACUUUUGCCUUGUUUUAUUUAAAUUUUUGGGCUCGCCUUUCGAACCCAGUGGACUCCAGGCGACGCAAAGGUGCCGCCGCUGACCCCGAAGGACAUGCCCGAUGACACGCAGGAUGCCAAGGCGCAGAAGUUGGCCGCUGCAAGGAAAAAGCUGAAGGAGUACCAGGAGCGGGCCAGCAACAACAACGGCCAGCCGGGGGCGGAGGAGCUGGUGGCCACCACCACGCAAUCGCACUCGUCCACAGUUAGCAUAGCCAGUAAUCUGUCGGAGCGCUCCGACAGCGAGCUAAAUGUGAAUGGAGUUGGAGCCGGUGGUUCACAACAGCAGGAACCUUCCGUCUUGCCCACAGCCGCUUCCUAUUUUACCCAAAACGAGCCGGAACAUAAUGGCGGCUUAGCUGAAACCUCAAAUCUGCAGGCCAUCCAGGUGAUCAUUGCGGAGAAGGCUCAGCUUAAUGCAGAGCUCACGAAGGUUCGUUUGGCCUGCCGCGAACGCGAGCUGGAGCUGGAGGAGCUUCGCACCCUGAAAGACCAGAACCAUCUGCGUCUGGAGCAACUGCAGCAGCACUACCAGGAUCAGCAGUCGACGGGCGAGCAGCAGCGCCAGCAGUUCGGGCAUCUCCAGGCUCAAUUGCAGCAGUCACAGGCACAAAUCAAGGAUCAACUAUCACAUCUCAACGAACUGGAGGCUCAGCUGAAGCAGAGUAACCUCCGCCAGGAGGAACUACAGCAGCAGCUCUCACAAAAAUCCAACGAGCUGGAGAUGGCCCAGCUAAAACUGCGUCAGCUCUCCGACGAGUCUAGUGUCAGCACAGACAACCGAGUCGAGUCGCUGGUUCAGACCCAAUACAUGUACGAGCAGCAGAUCCGGGAUCUCCAGGCUAUGGUGGGUCAACUUACACAGGAUAAGGAACAGGCAGCUGGCCAGUACCAGAAUUAUGUACAGCACCAGAGCGGCGAGAUCAGCAAGCUCAACGAACGAAAUGCGGAGCUAGCCGAUGAAUUAAACUCGUUGAGGGAGCGGGAACGGCAACUGGUGGAGCAUGUAGGCGGCUUGGAGCGGGACAUACAAAAAAACCUCAGUCUUCAGGCCCAGUUUAAAGAGGCCAACCAGGAGCAGCUGCCUAAAGCCGAAUCCAGCGAUCAGAAGGACUUACAGGAAGAACUGGCUGCCUUAAGAGAGCGUCUUGCCGACUUCGAUUUUGAGCGUCACGAAUUCCAGCUGAAAAUCAAGUCGCAGGACGACCAGCUGCAAAUUAAGGAGUCGGCUCUAGCCGAACUGGAACAACAGCUCGAUCGCCUUCAAGCCGAGCAGCCGGAUCAGACGAAACUGCUGGCCACCAUGGAAUCGGACAAAGUGGCCGCCUCGCGAGCCUUAACCCAGAACGUGGAAAUGAAAAACCAAUUAGACGAACUGCAACAACGAUUCGUCCAACUGACAAAUGACAAAGCCGAACUAGUUAUCCGCCUGGAUGCAGAGGAGUUUGCCAACCGCGAUAUCCGCCAGAACUACACCAGCAUGGAGCAGAAGCUGCACACCAACGAGGAGCGCUUUAAGUUCAAAGACGAGGAGAUGAUCCGACUUUCGCACGAGAAUGUGGAACUUCAACGUCAGCAGUUGAUGAUGCAGCAACAGCUGGAUCGCCUACAUCACUAUGAGGCCAAGGCUUAUCAUAGCCAAGAGGAAAAACAGAGCAAAGAAGGUGGAGAUGCACCGGAUAAUGAAUCUGAGGAACAUAAGGAUCAAGAGCAUUUUGGCCAGACCCACGAUCACCCACAUUCUCAUUCACUCGAUGACACUCAUGAGCAUCCACACGAUCAUCCACAUGAUCACGCACAGGAGCAUUCCCACGAUCAUUGUCAUGAUCAUAACCACGAUCAUUCCCAUGAUCAUGCCCACAACCAUUCUCAUGAUCAUUCUCAUGAUCAUGCCCACGACCAUUCUCAUGAUCAUUCACAUGAUCAUGUCCGCAAUGACGACCACAGACUGGCAGCUAAAACCCUGCCAACCGCUGAAGCAGUGGAACGCUUGCAAUCGCGUUUCACCACCCUGAUCAGUCAGGUUGCCGACUUGACGGAAGAGAAGCACAGCCUGGAACACCUUGUGCUGCAGCUGCAAGGUGAAACUGAAACAAUUGGCGAGUACAUUGCCCUUUACCAAACACAGCGCCGCAUGCUAAAGCAGCGCGAGUACGAAAAGGCCGCCCAAAUGCAACUUUUACAAGCGGAACGGGAGCAGCUGCGCGAAAAAAUCGAGACGCUCAACAAGCUGGUGGUCAGUUUGGGUGUGGAGCUCCCGCCAGAUCCCGCGCAGUCGCAGCAACAAGAAACGUCCGCAAGUACCGAACAGCCAGCUAACGAGGGUGAGAACUCGCAACAGAUCAUAAACAAGAUCCAGGACAUCAUUAGCGAGAUCAAGGAAAACACGGAGCAGCCAACCCACAACCACGCAGGCGAUCAUCUCAACUGCUGCCUGGGCAAGUUUGAGGUGGUCUAAAAGAUCGGAUGUCGCUUGCUCGCUAAGUGCAAUUAUCGCCUGCUUACGUAAAAUCAUAAACUUUUGCUACUGUAUUUAAAUGUAUUUGUACUUUGCUCCCCACAUUCUUUUGUAAAUGUUUCCAACGAUGUGUCCGAAUAAACCUAGUUUGCAUCUAAGACGAAUCGUCAGCUUAGACCAACAAAAACGUAUUACCAAACAAUCAA